AUGGACCCAGGCAGGGCUAAGGGUGGCUCUCAUUUGGGCAUGCAUACAUCUGUGGAUGGAUAUACUGAACCACACAUCCAGCCUACCAAGUCAAGUAGCAGACAGAACAUCCCCCGGUGUAGAAACUCCAUUACGUCAGCCACAGAUGAACAGCCUCACAUUGGAAAUUACCGUUUACAAAAAACAAUAGGGAAGGGAAAUUUUGCCAAAGUGAAAUUGGCAAGACAUGUUCUAACUGGUAGAGAGGUUGCUGUGAAAAUAAUAGACAAAACCCAGCUAAAUCCUACCAGUCUACAAAAGGUAUUUAAUUAA